AUGGGGCCAAAGACCAAAAAUUCCAAAGGCUUGGAAACCAAAAAGCAAGCAGAUCGAACCUUCCGACGGCAGCAAAUCCGCCUCCUGGUAGAUGCGGCAAAAGAUUACUACGGGAUGUUGCGAUCUGAUCCUGACCUUCAUAUUUACCAAAAGCUUUACUGCCUUGACGAAGGACUUAAGCACAUUCUGGACACCGUUUUGAACGUGGGUACAGGCAUUCUUGCGGACGAAUUGCAGUAUGACACAUCAGUCGAGCAGGUCGAGGAGUAUGGCACGCCUAGGCGACCUACCAGUCAGCUGGAGGCUCAGCAAACUCCACCUAAGACCACCCCCCAUGCCGCGGUUGUAGCACAAGCGUCGAGACCACACUUCGGCAGCUACGACUCUGACGAGGAGGACCUGGAACAUGGCUGGACACCUCGCCAACACACCGCACGGCUCCCGCGCCUUGCUAACAAAAUCCAGGCCGCAUUUGAGGCGGUGGCCCGGACACCGGAGCGAGCGCCCCCCAUGCUGACAACAGUCAGGACUGAUCCGCGAUCUCAAAACAACGACGGACUGGUUGGAGUUAGAACCUGGAAACGAAGCUUCCACGACGUUGUCGCCUUGUCCAAGGGGCCUGAAGAUGUUCAAGGUCAACCACAAACAAGCGGCAGUACUGCUAGGGAGGCGCAGGGGGUUCAAGGCCAGACAGCACCCCGUCGACAGAACGUGCAAGAACAGCAGGCCCCUGUCAGCGAUGCGCGACUCGCACCGGAGAUUCUCAAUGGCGGAGUCGGUCUCACCUUCUCUGCUGCCAUUCCGCCUGCUGCCAUGGGGACGGAGAGGCGCACCGCCAACCAGGACGCAGAAGCGGUUGUCGCUGAGAUCAUCACCAAGGUCAACAGCGCGGUCCUUGGGAGACGCAAGCUGACGACCACGAGCAAGAUUGCGGACGGUUUGGACGGGGCGGCAAGAGCGGACGACGUCCUGCACGUUGUCAAAGAAAGAAUGAGCGACCACGUCAAGUGGCACACGGCCAUGGGGCCAUUUGGAACUAUCCUGUGGCCUAAAACUCAGGAUGCGGUGGAGCUGCUGCACAAAGAUUGGCACUUUCACGAUCGAGAGAUCCAUCGGUUGAUGAAGGAGCUUCACGGAUUGCGGGAGCAGUUGGACGCUUCAAAAGCGCCGGACAUGGCAACGCUGGCCGUCGAGCUGAACAAGCUAGUGCGCGAGGAGGUAAAACGGCUCCGUGGUCCUGCGUACAAUGGGGGCGAGGGGCAGCCAGGGUUCGACAUCAGCAAACUCGACGUGCACGAGGAGAUGCAAAAGUUCGACCCAAAGCUCCUCGACGUGCUAGAGCGCCUUACCUGGAACGAAGCGGCGAACGGGCGGGGGGGCUCUGGAGCGGUGCCGUCGGUCGGGAGCUGUUCCGGCCAAUCCAAGCUGCUCCUGCAAGGAAGCGACUCGCAUGAAGGAAAGCUAUUUAAGCUUCGGACUUUCUUUGCGCUUUGCGUCCUCAUAUACGCAACUAACCCGCAGGCAAAACACCCCUUCCAGCUAGCCCUCACCGACGUCGUAGAGAGCAUGAGCAGCUCCCCCUCACUGAUCGCUGUCCUAAACCACCUCGGCGUUACGACCAGCAAAUCCACCCUCGACCGGUACAUCUACGAGCUCUCCCACGUGGUCGUGAGCGUGGACAACGUCGACAAGGUUGCGGGAGGAGUGAAGCACGACGGCAAAGAGGCCGUCGACUUCCACGGGGUCACGGUUCAAUUGCACUGCAAAGCGUCAAUCAGACGACGCGCGGCGGCGGCAAGGAUUCCGCCACCUUCUACGGAGCCGCAAAGCAAUAUUGGGCGACAGAACCGGAGAUCUAGGAGUCUCACCGAGAGGGUCGGCCGUGGCGCGCCGCCAGCGACGGGGUCAGCAGCAACGGGGGAGAGUGGGAACGGGGAGGAGGGCGCCGAGGGGAGUGAAGCAGCCGCUCAGGCGGAGCCGUCCGGGGGUGUCAAAAGCGCCGUCCUCGAUGGCGCUGGAACCCACUACCACGGUCCCUUUGCCGACCUGCAUGGGAACAAGACGGCGUCAGAAACUCUAAACCUGACAGCUGACGAGGCUGCAAGCAGCAGUAGCUUCGACAAGCGACUGUUCAGGAACGUCCUCCGCCGCGAGAGAACUACAGAGAAAGGGGUAAAGAGGCCCAGCUUAAGGGACGAGAUGGCGUCAGCAACUGAUCAGCCAACACUCCCGGAGCAGUCGAAGAUUGUGUACGUAGCCACGUACGACUUGAAGGUUAGCAACAAAGAGGAGUUGACGGAGUGUUUGUGCCGAGUUAAGAGCGCCAUGGAGAUUGGCAUCCGGCAACCGUACUUGCUGGUGGUGGGCGACCAGCAGGCCUGGGCUCUGAUGGUGGACAUAAAGAACGACAUGCCCGGAGACUUUGCCUGGUUAUACCCGUUCCCCGGCGAUUGGCACACGCUGAUGAACGCCCAGCCCAUAUUCAAAAGGAUCUUUUUCGAUGCGGGGCUGGACAAGCUGGCGGGAAAGAUGGGGUAUGCAGAAGGGGCGGUCCAAACAAGCCUCAAAGAUGGGCGGAACUUUCGAAGGAACAACUUGUUCCUGAUAGAGUGCUGGGAGGCCAUGUAUCGGAAGAUGAUCCAGCUGUUUCUGGAGGGCAAGGGGUACGCCCCUGAUGGGGCAGGGGCAACCGUGGAGGCCACGUUCAGGGGGUUGAAGCAAGAUUGGGAACCGGAGGAGCGAACCCCACGACACGAACUGAUGCCACAGUCCCCAAGUGCUGGCGGCAGCGCGGAAGGACUUGGACGGUUUGGAGGAGGAAUUCCGGUCCUAGGGCGAGGCGCUGCAGGAAGGAAACAAAACCUGGGCUUUUGGUGGCGCUUUGUUAUGGUGGACAUGAAGGCGUACAUAUCCCUGUGGCUAGCUAUUAGGACUGAGGACUGGGAUCUGCGCGUCGCGGCCUACAAGCUGCUGGGCCCCCUGUUCCGAGCCUACGAUAGGACGCACUACCAGCGGCUGAUACCUCUCCACCUCGCGCACCUCCAGCAGCUGCCCCCCGAGAUUUCCGGCGCUUUAAAGCAGGGACUGUGGACCGUCAGCCUAAAAGGACGUCCCUACAAAAGCCUGGCGCUCGAUGAAGCGCACGAGACGCUCAUCAACCGGGACCUGAAAAUGUCUAUGAAUCGACCGCCCACUGCCGCCUCUCUUAGCACCAACUAUCUAAACUUUAGGAGCGUGACCCUCAAGAUCUUCAAAGUCCAAGUCAGCUGCGGCCGUCGGAAUACAGUCAGGCUCCCCCGUGCACCAGACUUAGGGGCGCACCAAAACUCUGAAACAAACAUACAGGGGGCGGUAGAACUCUUAGGGUCUAGCUCCCUCUCACCUGUUCCCUCGGAUGCACAUCCGGGCGACAAGCUGUGGCACCUUUUCAGCGGAAAGGAAGCCCGUCGCCAAUCCGAAGACGACCUCCUAGGCUUCCGCACUGUAGGAACCAACCUCCUUUUCGACUUCGUAAAGCACACCAUCCUCCAAGAGUUGCCAACUAGCAGACUCCCCCCUGCCAAGAAGCAACAUUUGUUAGGCUUUAAAAGCGUUAGACCAACUCAAGUCAAAAAGGGGAAUCCUCGUUCAGCGCAAGCGGCGCAACAGAAGCAGGCCUCGCUAGUGUACAAACGAGCAUACGAUGCAUCUCGGAAGAACGUGCCGUUUGAUCCCUCCCUCACUCAAACAGUGCCGGAAGCGCAAGCGCUGUUUGAUGCCAACGGGAGAAUGCGCAAAGGGCAGAAGUCAAAGUUCCUCAGGCACCUCGUCGAGAAGCUAUUUCCGAGCUGCCUGCGGAACAGGCUCCCUGAAGACAGUGAAGCCUGGGUUGUUGAAGGGAUGUUUAUGCUUGGCACGGUGCCGAUCGCCGAGUGUGCGACACUGCAUGACUACUACGUUUGCCUCCUUGUCCGUCGAUGGAUCAUUACAAAACUAAACGGAAAGAAUGAGCGCGAGGUGCACGUUUCAUUUGACGACCGUGGGCACCAGACAGGCAACAAAAACUCCAUUCAUGCAGCCCGCGCCGAGCAGGCAGCCCCCUCCCCCGUCACCGCCAGCCUACCCAAACCCGAGUCAAUAACCCAGAACACAAAGAUCCCCACCAAAGGAAUCGAGUGGCGGGCAUGUGAAGCGGCGCUGAACAGAAUCGACUCGGG